CACUCAGUCAUGGCGGAGGGAGACCGCGUCUGUCCAACACUCCUCGUUUAAGACUUAUUUUACAGCUCACUCGCCUAAAGAUCUUCCGCAAGGCUUUGGAGCUAGAAAAAUUGUCACCAUGAAAUACUACGAAGGCUCAAGUACCCUGAAAUUCCCAUGGGAGCAAGUUGCUCGGGGCCUGUGGCAGCGAUACCCUAAUCCAGAGAGCUUGCAUGUGUUAUCAGAGGAUACAGUAGCGAGAAAAGUUGUUGAUAAUAAACUUCAUUCCAAACGUGUCUUAACCAAAACAAACCGCAUGCCCAAGUGGGGAGAACGUUUAAUAAAUACUCGAAAUGUCAGUGUCAUUGAAGAAUCAAUAGUGGAUCCAGAAAAGAGAGAGAUAUGUACUUAUACCAGGAAUGUUGGACUGACAAAGGUGAUGACCUGUGUCGAAAAAGUAGUUUACAAACCUAGCCCCGAGAAUUCGCAGUGGACUGUGGCUGAAAGAAAAGCUUGGAUUGACUCAAAAAUAUUUGGCUUAGGAUAUGCAAUUCAGAAAUUUGGACUGGAGCGCUACAAGAAGAACAUCCAGAAGACCAACUUGGGUUUCAGCUUUGCCUUGAAUAGAUUAUUCCCUGUCAUUGAUACUCCAGCAGAAAGCAGCCAUAUCCACCACCUUACGUUAGAAGAGAGAAAACAGAGGUUGAAAGAUGCGGCUCGAGAAACAGCAAAGAGGGCCAAGGAGUUAGCUCAGGAGAAGGCUGGGCCAAUUUAUGCUGCCUGCGAAGGUGUGCGGAGCUGAAAGUGAAAGUCUGUAGUCUGAAUCAUAAUAAAAGAGCUAUAUAUUUCAUGGAUUCCAUCAUGAAUAUGAAGGUUAUUUUAGAUAGGGAGCCACCGGUGCUACUACUUUGUGAUUUGGAGUUUCUGGUAUUGGAUGAUAGGAUUGAUUGUAUAGUUUCAUUAUGUUUCUAUUAUGUCAUUAAAAACUAUUGGAGACGUAUUAUGGUGCAUGAAGAUUGUUUUCAGUUUAUUAUUUUUUAAAUUAUUUUUUCUAUUCUCAUUUUCAUUAGCCUGUCAUUUAUAAAAAAACUUUGUUCCAAAGAUUGGAUAUACAAGAGAUAUUCAGUUAUUUCACUUUACAACUUCAGUAGUAAAGUGUUCCCAAAAGUAAAGUGUAUUUUCUUUACAAAGCUAAAUAAUGUCAGUAAAUCUAAAUCGUGCUGUUUUUUUUAUAUAUAUAUAUACUGUGUACUGACUUGGUGAAAAUGAAUUGGUGUGUAAGUAGUUGGUGAUUUCUGGAAAAUUUGAACAGAUAAAAUUUAGGGAAAUUCUUUUGAUUUGGAAAUUAUGCCCACUAGGAACCUGUCACUAACAAUUUUUGAAGUCUUGCUAGUUCCUAUGACAGUGUAUAUGUUGGGUAACAAGGUAGCAUGUGAAAAGAAAGAAGCCUACAGAUGACCUGAAUAAUAUAAUUGCUUCUGUACAGUGUAUAUCAUAGUUUCCAGGGAUACUGAUGAAUCUGCAUUAUCAUUCCCAUUGAACAUCAAAUGAAUCAUGUAAUGUCCUUGUAUAUAUUCAUAUAAAACUUUCCACAAGUCUUGCAUUCAUAGGUGUCUAUUCCUUGGAAAGGGCCAAGCACUUGGAUAGUUGGUAAUAUUCCGUCCGGAGGAAUGUGGGACUUCAAAGCUUGUUUGUCCUCGUGGGAAAUGUGUACUGAUGAGAAGUGGUGAAAAGUUAUAUUUUCAUUCAUUCCAUGCAUGUUCCUUUCAGCUAUUGGUUUAUUCUCAUUCAUAUUCAAGGUUUUGAAAUAACAUUCUCACUCCUUCGCAGAUUAUGAAUAGGUCCAUAUCACUUACUGGAAGCUCUUACAGUUCAGUUCUGUUUUGUGCUGUAAGUCUGUGUGAACCUUUUUAUCUAUGUUGACAUGUGAAUGAAGUCACUGACCAAGGGAAUAUAUAUAGUGAUAACCAGUUCUAUAUUCUUUGCUUCAAGAGGAUACAGUCUUUGCAUAGGAUGAUUUUUAAAUCCUUCAGGCAAGGGAGAAGACAGGAUCAGCCAUACAGGCAACACACUAACCUGAGUGAGAUGAGUAUGGAAUACUACUCUUUCUCACACAAUACAUCAUUCCGAAUAUUGAUACAAAGGAAGGGUGUAGGAAACCUUAUCUUUGAGUUGUCUUUGUUCAGAUUGAUCUUCACAUUUUUUUUGUGGGUGAAUUGAACACCAUCUUGUGUAGGUCUUUGUUAUAUUUUACAAAUUUUAGUUGUUGGAUGAUUAGUAAUUUUUUUUUUUGUAAUAUAGAGUUUGUGUUCUUGGUAAUUUCUUCUUUGUUGUUUCUUGUUUGAGAAAAAAAAAAUUAGUUGUACAUUAUCAGUCAUCUAAAAAAAACAAAAAACAUCGAGAUAGGAGAUCAGUAUAACAUUUUCAAAUAGUAAUAAAAUUAGUUAUAUUACCCCUGAUAAGAACAUAAAAUAUUGAGGAAAAUUGAACUAAUUUUUUUUUUGACACAUCCUUAACCCAACCACCACAGAUUUAUGUUCUGUCCCCUGUAGUUUCUUGUGAAUUUUCUUACAUGCAGAUGGCUCCACAUGUGCUCAGCUGGCAGGGGGUUUAUCAGUAGGCCCUAAUGACCAAUCCUGAUUUCCCCAUCCCUUGAAUUGGCAGGAAAAUGUAUUUUUCUUUUUAAUGCAAUUCAUAUUAAUACUGUUGUUAUUGUUAUUGAUGUUAUGAUUACUUUAAUGUUACCAAGAUUUUAAUAACAAUUAAGACGAUGAAAUCAUACAAAAAGUCAAGGAAAAGGGUAAACAGGUGAGAUAGGUAGGACUAAUAACUGACAUCUUGGUGAUCAAGCACUUGUAGAGCCAUCUGUGUGUAAAUACAAUAAAUCAACUUGUAUUACAGUGGGCAAGGCAUAUAUUCUUGCCAUCCAUGCCUAUUGGGUGAACAAAACCCUUUACUGUACAUUUUUACCUCUUGUGAUUGAAGAUUUUGUACACAAUGUAUGAAGAAGUAAUAUCCAAGCACUGAUAUUAUAUUUCAGUUUGUUACAGGAAUAUCUCUCCAUCAAUGCAAUAUAAAGAUUCAUUCCAAGGUGUUUAGAAGUCCAAUAUAUGUUUACAGAUGAAGGAUGUUGUGAAUGCUCAAUGAUUCUUGAUUUGAUAAUGAUGGGAAGUAUGAAGUGUUUUCCAGUUCACUUGCUCUAAUCAUUAAAAUGUGCACAUAAUUUUCAAGUGGACAGGUGUUUUGAUAGUAAGCAGUAUAUUCUGCAUGAAAUACCCAGUAAAGGAAAAAAAGAAAAGGAAAGCAAAGGGCACCAGUAGUAUGUUUAAAAUUAUUUAAAAAAAUAAAAUCUUGAAUCUGUAUUUUGUGUGGCAGCAUAACUCUUUUGUUAAAAUUAGGGAAGAUGUAGUCAUAAAACAGUGAAAGUGAUAGUUGUUAUUUUUUAUGCUUUAUAGAUUCCUUUUAGUUUGUAGAAGAGAGUUCUGUAAAGAUUUGAAUUUGCACCUAAUCAUAAAUGUUAAUGAGAGGAUUUAGCAUAGUAGUGCUAAAUUGUUUAGCCAAAGUAGUAGAAGUGCAGAUUGCUUUGCUUAAGAUAACCCCAUGAUGCUUUUCUUUUUUAAAAUUAUCUUUGAAGAUCAAGCAACAGGAAUGAAUAAGAAUAGAAAUGUGUAAAGCUAAAAAUCUGCAUAACUUAACAUAACCUAAAUUGUUUUGAUAAAACCUUUUCUUUUAGCACUGCUCCAGCCUUGUAUCUUUUUUUUAGAUACUAUUCUUUAUUAUUUCUGACCAUAAAUAUGUGCAUUAUAUCCAUGAAGUGUUUUUCAGAGGAUAUAAUCAGUUUUAGGAUAGGUCACAUGUAUAUUUUUAUCCAGCUGUUAGGCUUUGUGCUAAGUUCUUUAUUCAUUGCCACUUUCUUGAAGGGCGUCUUUUUAACAGUUAAAUUUGUGUUGAUUAUGUUAUUAGACAUAUUUGUUUGGUACAUAAAUGGUUUAGAGAUUUAAAGAUGAUUGUACUGAACUUGUACUGAAGUUGAUGAUCUAGCCAUAACCAAUACCUUUGUAGCAACUUAGGGUACUUGGUGUAGAAAUUGUCAUCUCAUGUGAACAUUACACUCGCAUCUAUAGUUGUAGAAAUUUCUAUAGACUAAGUGAGUGGCCACGUUCUUAUGAUAAUUUGUGAUCAGUAUAACAAGCAGGAGGGUAGUGGAAUAGUAUCAAUAAAGAAAAUUGAGAGAAAUUCUAACAAA